GUUUGCUUGACACGGUGACUGACAGAGUAUGGAGAGAGUGAGCAUCAGUGAUGGCAUCGUUCAGCAGCUCUGUGGGGAAUUCCAUCUCAUCUCUUCACAUGGAUGGUCUACUGAAUACUGAUACCUUGAGGCUUGGUGUCAGUUGACGAGAGAUUUGCGGCGGAUCGGUGCACAUGGCGCCUGUGUGUGUGUUGCUCGCCACCACCAUGGCGUGGCUUGCUUUGCUUCUUGAUGAGAGCAUCUUGAGCGUCAGUGGUCAAACAAGACUCCCAAAGCAAACCAGCAAGCAGCUCCAUUGAGGUUGAGAGCUAGCGAUGGGUUUGGCGAUGGGUCGGCUGCUGGGUCUCAGCUAUCGCCUGACGAAGCAGCUGCAGGCGCGGAUCCUCAUGCUGGGCCUCGACGCCGCCGGCAAGACCACCAUCCUCUACAGGCUCAAGACCGGCGAGCUCGCCACCUCCACCACCGUCGCAACCGUCGCAUUCAACAUUGAGACGAUUGAGUACAAGAGCAUCAGCUUCACUUUCUGGGAUGUCGGUGGCAGUGCCCCGAACCGGCCCUUGUGGAAGUACUACUUCCAGGACACCCAGGGCAUCGUCUUCGUCGUCGACAGCAGCGACAGGGACCGCGUUCGUCUGGCCAGGGAUGAGCUCAACGCCUUGCUCAACGAGGAGGAGCUUAGAGACGCCGCGCUGCUCGUGUUUGCAAACAAGCAGGACCUUCCCAACGCCAUGACUGCAGCCGAGAUGGCAGAGGAGCUUGGUCUUCAUCGGUCCCUUGGUACCCGUCGUAGAUGGCACAUCCAGAGUGCUCGUGCAACGUCCGGAGAAGGCCUGUACGAGGGACUGGAUUGGCUCUGCACCAACGUCAACACCAAGGCCUAAGGAAUUUCUGAUGAACGACGUACACAUCGAUGAGGCACGUCAGAUGGAUUAUUGCUAGCGGCGUGUAUGUCUAUAGAUUGUUGAUUGUUGUUUACUGUGCUUUGGGACCAUCAUCAGAUGCUGCACAAACACACACAUAUAUACAUCCAUUCCACGGUUGCUAGCUGGUGAAUAUCCAAUUAAGCUAGGUAGCUGCAAGCUUGCAUCAUAUCGGACAAGAAUAUAUGGCGAAUGGCCACGGUUUCAUUAUAGAAAACCAGGAAAGCCCUCCAAGGGAAUGGGGCGUGGUACCUAGCUAUAGCUAGCUGCUGAUCGGUGAUCGCGCUCGUCAGCAGCUUCGAUCCCAUCGGUUGAUUGUUGUUUUCUCCCUCCCAGGUCAGCAACAAUGAAAGGUAUAAAUUUACAUACAUUUGCGAGGAAAGUAUUCUGUUGGAAAUUAUCCAGGUGAUUAUUGGGACGUCGGCGUCUCCCGUCGAUCGAGGUCGUUUUCUGGGGCAAGCAGUGGCCAAGUUCUCGAGUUGCAGCCGGACCUUGGACUGCAGAAUGGAGGCUUCAUCUUCCGAUAUUCCCCGUCUGUGUGACUCGUUUAGUUUGCGGGGCCGCCUGCUUUUGCUUGCUUGUAAUGUGUGCCUUGUGGUCUUCUGCUCGAAUUCUACCUCCUGCAAAAAUCCCAUCAUCAUUUGCUUUUGCUUACCGUGUGUAAUAAGUAUUAACCAUGACAAUCAGUGCAACAGACAGCCACCGUUGUGUAGCGGUAUCAGCAACAGUAGUUUUGACUCUGAUGAACUACUAUGUUUUCUUAGCGAAAUAGAAAGAUUCUUGCGCCUGGAACGUUUCUUGAUAUUUUGCUGUGAAUUACUGAAUUUUGUAUUGUGGAAUCA